GCGUUGGAAGAAAGAAGUUUGGACUUUACUUGACGUAGAAACAGUGACACUGAAUCGGAAAAAACGAUCAGAGUCUUGGGUCAUUUGGUUCUGGAGACGACACGAUAAAUAAUGUAGAUACGUGUCAAUGUACGCAUGUGGUCAAUCUUCCGAAACAACAAGCUAAUUAAACUGCCAGUUUCUCAAUACCGCUGCUGCCUUCGACAGCGCUGCAAAACCGCAUUUAACUGUUUCGUAAAAUUUACUCGCUGAUCGGUAAUCAAUGCGUACCAUAAAUCGAAAACUGCAGCGCGAUUAAACCAUAAGUGAAUGCGUAAGAAAUAAUUCGAGACCCAAGUGGCAACUUUGAAAAUGUGAAUAUUGGAUCAACACCAAGAUAACGAGGAUUGUUUUUUAUUUUUUUCUUCGUCUACGCGAAAAUGUACCGUGGCUGUGGCAACUUGCCGUGAUAAAGAGGAAAAGAAACCAAAACCUCGGAAGAGGUAAAGCAAAUCGAAAAAAUCUGCCAAUUCUCAUCAUAAGUCUGGAGAAGAAAGUAAAACCAUAAGCGUCGAACUUCGUAGUUACUUCAUUUUUUGCGGAAAAGAAAAGUUUCACCUUCCGAUUCCACUAAGAUGUUCGAGAAGCAGUUGCUGCACCGAUUCUAAACAGUGGCUUUGUGAAAUAGUUGGAUUAAUUCAUCGAUUUAUCGCUGCAAUAACGGAAUUGCCGGGACUGAAAAGACGAUAAUACUGGUAUUAUUAUAACCAAAGAAUUGGAUAAAAUCUUUUUCGACGUCCGAAUCGAGGAAGCUCGUGAAUUCUUGGCCCAUUCACCUUAUCACUGUGCCACGUAGUCGAGGGCAUAUAUUAUUCGACUUUGGACAAGAUAUUUCGUUAUCCGCAAACUGACUCGCCGGAAUUAAUUUUCCUACCGAUAAAAGUUUUCAGCAGCUUCUCCAAAAAUGCCGUACGAAUCCUUGCAUGUGCUGCCUUUGAGUCUCUUCAUCCUGAUCCCGGUCACGUUCAUGAUCACUUAUACUAUAUCAGUACAAUGGGGUCACGUGGUGCCCGGUUUCCCUUACAUAUCAGAAACCGGUACAUUGUCACCCGAGUCCUGCAUAUUCGCGCAGCUCCUGAACAUAGCAGCGUUCCUGCUUGCCUGCUUCGUCUACAUCAGGCAUCGACAGGUAGAACAGUGGCGAAUUGAACGGGGCGACAACUCCGUGAAUCGCUCGACGGUUCUGCUGACGGCAUGGAGUGGUUUUCUGUCGUGCUUGGGCCUCGACAUCCUGGCGAACUUCCAGGAGGCCCGAGUUGUUGCGGCCCACAUGACCGGCGCGAUGACGUGCUUCACGGCUGGGACCCUUUACUUCGUUCUCCAGACUUACUUGAGCCAGAAGAUGGUCAACGCGUUGAAUGGUCAGACCAUUGUCUGGGUUCGCGGUGCACUUUCGGCUCUCACAGUAAUUCUCACAAUCGUAGUCGUCAUUCCUGGCUACAUAUCGACGCUGGAGUUCAAAGGAUCCGACUACAAGAAGUGGCAGCCUGAGAAUGGCGGGUGGGAAUGGCACGUGACCAGCGUGGCUGCCGAAUGGAUGCUGGCCAUCGUAUUCUGCGCAUUUUUGGUCACCUUCGUUCCAGAGUUUCGGUUGAUAAAUUUUGAGGCACCCGAAGUCACUGUGACUUACCUGGACAAUGAAAGACGAAACUCGAAACUGUCCGAGACGCAGGAAACUACGAUACAAGAAGUAUAAAAUAUGACAAGUGUAGCUUCCGAAAUUUUGUCAACCACCGUAAAUUCACCCUCUUAGCAAGGACGGG